CGACGAGGGCGAGCUGUGGGUCCAGGGCGCACCGCGCGUAACGGCGUGACGGUUCGCUUUCCCAACAUUGCUCACGGACAUCGAUGUUAGGCGCCCGGCUUCUCACGCGUCUCGUUCUCGACAGCCAUGGCGGUCGCCCCGCAAGACCUUGGCGAGCCCAAACUCAUGAAUCCGGGUGACCUUCGUCCCCGCCAAUACCAAGAAGAGAUCUUCCGCCAGGCGCAAGCGGGGAACAGGAUCGCUGCCCUCGACACAGGCUCUGGGAAGACGUAUAUCGGGCUCAUGCUCAUCAAAUGGAUCGCUAGCCAACCACAGAACAAGGACAAGCUGAUCGUGUUCCUGGUCCCCCGCGUCGCGCUGGUCGAGCAGCAGGGGAACUUCAUCGCGGCGAACUCGACGUUGCGCGUGACGCAGAAGCACGGGCAGAACGCGCUGGAUAUGGCCGACCGGGAAGGGUGGGCGGCGGUGUUUGCGACGAGCGAUGUGCUGGUGAUGACAGCCCAGAUCUACCUCGACCUCCUCACCCACUCGCACUGGAGCAUCGCGCACACGUCGCUCAUCAUCUUCGACGAGUGCCACCACGCGCAGAAGAACGAUCCCUACCGACAGAUCAUGGAUGAGUACCGGCACUGCGCGCCCGGCCAGCGCCCGCGCGUCUUCGGGCUCACCGCGUCGCCGAUCUGGGACGCGCGCAACCCGGGCAAGGCGCUCGCGGCGCUGGAGACGAAGCUCGACGCGCAGGUGGUGGGCGUGCGUCUGCAUGCGGGCGAGUUGGACGCGCACACGGCGCGGCCGCGCGAAGUCAUCAAGACGUAUCGCGCGUUGGAUCCCGAGGAGGUGGGGCGGGGGAGCUUUCCGGGGAUGGGGAGAUCUGUGGAGGUGUUUGGGACGCUGGACUGGGAGGGAGCGGACGUAAUGUGGAGGAAGAUUAUGGGCAGGUACGACGUGACGCUGGCCAGCCUGGGGCCGUAUUGCGCGUCGCUGUACCUCUAUCAAGAGCUCAGCGAUAUUGUCGCGCGGUUACGACCUCAGGCGGAAACGGCUUUCGAACGCGCGGCCGACGACCCAGCAGGUUCUUCCACAACAGGAAAGAUGUCGCUUGCACAUGCUCGCUGCCUGCUCGCAAUCGAGGACAUCCUCACUGACUACGAGCCAUACUUCUCCGAUCUGGCCGCAAGCGACGCUCUUCUUGACGACUGGUUCUCUCCCAAAGUGCACGCGCUGGUAGACGUACUUCUUGCGCAAGACCUUGCUACGUCUCGCGGCAUCGUCUUCGUGGACCAACGCCAGGUUGCACUCUGUCUAGCUCUCAUCCUGCCUCGCCUCUCGCGUCUUCAAGGCCUCGUCCGCUGUGCCUCUUUCAUAGGACAGAAUCCAGGGAUUGAUGGCCCGAAGGCCAUCGGGUCGCAGCGUGAUGUAGCCAGCCAGUUUCGCUCUGGAGAAGUCAACCUCUGUAUGUUUCUAAAAUACCCAUCUAGUCGUAAUCCUAAUGUAUACGUAGUGAUAGCAACGUCUGUCGCUGAGGAAGGGCAUGACUUCCAGGCCUGCGACCUCGUUGUCCGGUUCGACCCCCUCCAACACCUCGUAGGCUAUCUACAAUCUCGAGGAAGAGCAAGAAAUAAAUCUUCCAUGUUCGUUGUUAUGCUUCCUGAGGGCGACGAACCAUCGAGAGCAAAGUAUGACUUCUUUCGAAAGUGCGAGCCACAGCUGCGAGAGGUGUACAAUACGCGGAGCGCUGAGGAUGCCACGAGCGUUAACGUGGAUGACGAUGCAGAGGAGCUCAGCCCUGAGAUGCUGGCCGAGCGCGAACGCUUCGUUGUCCCCUCAACCGGCGCUAUUUUGACCUACGACAACGCCAUAGGCCUCCUAGGCCAUCUAUGCAGUCUCAUACCUCGCGACCCCUUCUCGCCGCCUCCCGCACCAGUGUAUACAGGCGACUUCAUCUCGACGGUCCAACUCCCGCGCAGCAUCCCGCUUCCACCCGCCGAGCUCGUCUUCCAAGGUGCGACGAAGGCGACGAAGAAGGAAGCCAAGCGCUCAGCCGCUUUCCGCACAGUGCGAUACUUGCACGCGAAGGACGUGUUCGACGCCUACCUGCUCCCGAUGGGGUCGCGGAAGAAGGCGCGCGUCGAUGCGGAUGGGCGCGUUAUCGACAUCAGCGGGAUUCCCGCCAUGCUUGACGUGCUCGUCGUCGACCCGUGGACGAUUGGAAGGAGGCUUUGGCUGCACCCCAUCUUCGUAGACGGUCGCUGCGUCGCUGGUCUUGUCACAGGGUCGGCAAUCCUGGACGCGGAGCUGAGCUGGAAGGGGUACGACAUCAAGCUGAGCGAGCCGCGCGAGACGUGCUUCGACGAGGACGAACGCGACUUGCUGGGCGAAUACACCAGACUCUGCAUCUGGUAUCGCAUCACAGCACGACCGCUUCCAGGCCAGCAUAUGUCGCUUUUCGUCUUGCCUUUGACGCCUGAGAUGCGUCCGGACUUCGCUGCAGUUAAACGCCUGCUGCGACAACCAUACGGCUGCUCGGACUGGUCGAUCGUCGACCCUGACAAAGUUGUGGCGGUUAUGAACGAGAACGAGCACGCCAGGCUGCGACGACUAUGUGCUGUGCGCGAAGAUUUGUCCGUGCUCUCUUCGCUGCCACCAGGCUCGCGAGAAGAGGCGAAGCUACGAUCGAAGACGGAAGGCAUGAAGGCGACAUACCAUGACUACUUCGUUGACAGAUGGACGAGGAAGAACUGGGAGGCACGAGUACCCUGCGACGGCCCCCUUAUCCAGACUACUCUGAUGCCACGCUCUUCCAGCAGACUCUAUUGUAUAGGCGAUGUGGACUCGAUGCGACCAAUGGAUGUCCCCGACGGCGCCCUGAUACCGCAAGGACGAACGAAGUGGAUCGACCUAUCCGAAGACAUUCUCAGUGCGCUACAUAUUCUCCCAUCGCUACUUCGCCGUGCUACCGACGUCUAUCGGGCAGACAGGGCAAGACUAGCGCUUGGCCUCCCCUACAUCGAGCGCGACCUACUCAUACAGGCUCUCACCCUUCCCUGCGCUGGUAUGCCCUUCAAUAACCAAAGACUCGAGACCCUCGGUGACGCCGUGCUCGAGCUCUCUACGACCGUCCACCUCUUCAACAAGUACCCACACCGUCACGAAGGGCAGCUUACACCGCUACGCCAGAUCUGCAUUUCCAACAAGUGCCUGUUGACGCGCGCGAGGGAGGUGCAGCUGGAGCGGUUCCUCACAUCGGAGACGCACAGCUUGUCGAUAUGGGACUAUGUCGAGGAUUCUGAGGUACCUGCCAGGUGUGCGAGGAGGCUCUUCCCGCGCAGGAGCUUACAAGACUGCAUGGAGGCGAUCCUGGGCGCGAGCUACCUCACAGGUGGGAUCGAUACGGCGUUGCAUGCAGGGACAGCGUUGGGACUCGCAUUCGGUGGGAGCGUCCCUUGGCCGCGCAGGUAUCCAAGACGGCGAAGGGUGCCGACACCAGAUUUGUUCUCGGAGUUGCAGGCGAAGCUGGGCUACACUUUUCGGGAUGGCGGCUUGCUCUGCGAGGCGCUCACGCACUCGUCCUUCGCGUCAUUGGAUUCGUAUGGCUCGUACGAACGGCUGGAGUUUCUUGGAGAUGCCGUCAUCAAUCUUGCCGUCGUCGACUACCUCUACAGAAAAUUCCCUGACGCAAACUCGGAUCAACUCAGCUUACCGCGGGCUCGUGCAGUUUGCAAUCAAGCUCUGUCAGCGCUCUCGGUCAAGCACCUACAGCUGCACAAGAGCGUCCUCGUCAACAAUGUCGAGCUCAGUAUAGCCAUAAACAAGCACGCCCCCAUCCUCGAAGACAAGCCUUACCCGGAAAUCCUCGUGAAAGGAUGGAAACUGGAUCCUCCUAAGGUCCUCAGCGACAUCUUUGAGAGCAUUGUCGGCGCCGUGUUCGUCGAUACUGGAUAUGACUACGAGAUAACGGCGGCAGUCGUGGAGCAGGCGAUGGAAGGACUCCUGGUGCACCUCUCGCCUGCAAUGCCGCGAGAUCCGGUCAGCGAGCUGAUCAUCUGGGUCGCGAAAUCAACAUGCCGAGAGCAAAUCGAGUUCAGACGAACACCACCAAAGAGGAAGCAAUAUCCGGACGGCAUCGCGAUCUACUUGCACGGGACGCUGCUGGCAGGGCCGAUUACCACCAUGAAUCACCUUGUAUCGAGGAAGCUGGCGAGCGAGCGAGCUCUAGCUGACCUUCGGGACCCGCAAUCGCCGAGAUCCUUCUUAGAGGUCUGUUGUUGCUCGAGGCGAAUGGACGUCGACAAACGUCCUGCAACAUGCGGCACAGACGGCACAGAAGAUGUAGAUAGUCCCAUGGAAGACGUAAGCUGAAGCCACUCAUUGUAGUAGAGGUCGCUUUCAAACUUUGCAUCUCUUGUAUUUCUUGUAUCCUUGUACUCUUGUAUUACCUCAAUACCCACUGGCAAGAACACGGACCAGACCUAAU